AAUAAGACUUUAAUAUGGCCAAAUAAUAGAAAUAUGGUUAAAAAAAAAUCUGAAAUUUACUAUACACUUGUUGUCAAAGCUGUAGCGAUAAAUGAUGUCCAUUUAUAUUGAAAAUCCGCGAAACAGUUACGAAUUAUUGUGCAAGAGGCUUUUCCUUUGAUAGUUAUGUCAGAUGACACAAUGGAGAUUGGAAAGCAAACUCGUCUGUCACGUCCACACAGAUUAAGUGAAUCUUCAAAGGUGUAUCGAUGGGCAGACCAAGCUAACAACCUCCUGCAAGGCUUAAAUGAGCAACGACAGCAUGGUCAAAUGUGUGAUGUGGUACUGGUAGCUGAUGACCAGCGGAUUCCUGCACAUCGGGCUCUACUCGCUGUAUCCAGUCCUUACUUCCAGGCCAUGUUCACCCUGGGCAUGCGGGAGGAACACGAGUCUGAAAUAGAGCUAGUAGGAGCCUCCUAUGUUGGCGUUAAAGCCGUAAUAGACUUCCUAUACAGCGGCAAUUUACCUCUCGACGGAGGAAACAUCGAUUACGUCCUGGAAACAGCUCACCUUCUGCAAGUGUGGCAAGCUGUGGAUUUCUGUUGUCAGUAUUUAGAAAAAGAGGUACGUGAAGACAACUACCUGUACCUUCAAGAACUCGCCUUGCUAUACAGUCUAGAUCGGCUGGAUGCCUUCAUAGACAGAUUUAUUUUGAAACAUUUCAGCACACUUUCCAUCACUUCCGAGUUCCUCCAGGAUGUGCGGAUGUUCAAGCUUUGUGCUUACCUUUCCAGCGAACAAGUGCAAUGCCUAAACGAGGAAACUCUUUUUGAGGUUGCCUUUAAGUGGUUGAAACAAAAACCUGAACGUCUUGAAUUCGCCCUUCAGCUCCUUUCCAACAUUCGUUUCGCUCUCAUCCCGUUUUAUUUACUAAAAUAUUAUGUUUUGCCUAACGUACAUUCCCUGCUGCCUCUGGACACAAGCUGCAAGGUGUUAGUUGAGGAAGCAAUAGACUACCACAGGAAGCUCAGCGCUCAGCCUGUAAUGCAGACACAGCGAACAGGCCUUCGUGGAGGUGUGGAGUGUCUGCUGCUGCUGGGAGGAGAAGUGUCCGAGCGUGGAGAAGGUUUGAGUGCUGAGGUUUGCUGGCUGGAUGAAGAAGCAGGGAAGUGGGUUGAGGAGACUAAGAUGCCAGCGCCAAGGAGUCAGCAUUGUGUGGCGGUUUUGGGUGGAUUCAUUUUCACAGCCGGUGGGAGCUGCUCACCGGACAACGGGGGAGAUUCUGCAAGUGACAUGCUGUAUCGGUACGAUCCCCGGAGAUGCCAUUGGAUCAAGGGUGCUCCUAUGAACCAACGGCGUGUGGAUUUCUAUCUAGGAACCAUGGGAGAGUGUCUUAUUGCUGUCGGGGGACGCAAUGAUAGCGGACCUUUGUCUUCUGUCGAAGUGUAUCAUCCUGCUGAUGACCACUGGACCUACGUUGCAGAAUUACCCAAAUUCACAUAUGGUCAUGCAGGCACCAUCCACAAGGGCAUCGUCUACAUUUCAGGGGGUCAUGAUUACCAGAUCGGUCCAUACAGACAUGACAUGCUAAGUUAUGACCCUAAAACUGCAGAUGCAUGGAAUGAGUGCCAGGCCAUGAUCUUGGCACGAGGCUGGCACUCAAUGGCAUCUCUAGAGGACAGAAUUUAUGCCAUUGGGGGUAGUGAUGACCAUGAGGACAGCAUGGAGCGUUUUGAUGUGUUAGAGGUGGAAGCGUUUGACCCGCAGACCAAUCAGUGGACUAUGAUUGCUCCUCUCAGGUAUGCUAGCAGUGAGGCUGGUUUAGCAGUGCUGAAUAGAAAGAUCUAUGUUUUGGGAGGUUAUAGCUGGGAGGCCAUGGACUUUUCACAGGGCACUCAAGUGUUUGAUCCAGACAAGGAACAGUGGACUUUGGGUCCAAAUCUGCCAAAGCAUAUUGCUGGACCUUCGUGUGUGUGUCUUAUAAAACCUGAGCUAAUCGAUAGUAUAGACACUGAGUGAGACAAACAUAGCUCCAAUCAGGAGCAACAUAAGUGAUUGACUGGGUGUCUUCUUCUAAAGAACUAAACUAUUAAAACUUGGGUUGUCAAGACAAAA